AUGGCGUCUUACCGUCCCGCUGGGGAUGUUGAGUACGCCCUCCCCUAUUCAUUUCCCGAUGAAGAGGACCGGUGUGAGGAUCCUGAUCAACUCCGAGAUCAGAUUGCGAGGGUCCGGAAUUCAUUUGAUCAGGCAAAGGCCGUCAUGUCUCGACAAGCCAUCGCUGAAAUUUUCGAGUACCUGAAACAGGGUGAAUGGAUUCACGAAUCAAAGCUUGCCAGCGGCCACCCUGCGUACGCGCGCUUCAUGGGGAAAGGCAAAUACGAAAAGUCGCUCUACUAUCCACAGUUUUUUGCCAUUCAGGCAAUUUUCAUCCCUGAUCCUAAAGGCAGAGGUAUCCUUGAGUCAGUGGUCAACCUGUAUGCGGAGGUGUCUAAGCACUGGGGUAUGCAGGCUACUCCGGGUGUCCCAUUCUUCCCCCGCCUGGAUGAUUCUGAGCAAGAGCUCCGACUACUACUGGGCAACCAUCGCAUGCUCUCUUGGAAGGCGAGGAGAUCUACUGUCCCUAUUCACCCAUCUCCUGCCGCGCCCGUCGUCGCCGACGUAUCCCCAGGACCUGGAAGACAAACCGCCGCGUCCCCAACCACCCAGGGCAGCAUCACCGCUGCUACACCCGGCCCCAGCACAUCCAGCUACAGUCAAGUAUCCCUUACGAACACCCCCAGUGUGAUGAGCCGCCACGUGGCAGGUAUCAACAUGAAGUUUCUAGAAUACGAGCAACGUGUUGGGGAUCUUGAGCGCAUGCUUCAGGAGAAAGAACAGCAGCUCAAGGACAAAGACUUCCAGAUGAACAAUCUCGGGUACAAACAGCGAUAUGAGCAGGCUGUGGAACAACUGCUAGAGACUCGACGAGAACUUCGCGAUACGCAGCAACAAUGCCGUGAGUCCCAGAUUCUCCUGAGCAAGUACGAAGAGAAGGAGAAGCAGGCCCAUCAUCACCUCUCACAGUCUCAAUCAUUCUCCAACCAAGCGCACGAGGCUGCCCACAAGAUCCAGAGUCUUCUGACCCUCGGCCAGCAGCAAAAGAGCAAGGUCUUGAAUCUCCUAAUCGAGCCCAUCGAGGAGUUCAAUGCUACUGCUGAGAGUCCCAGUCACGCAGCCCAGAAUGGUCAACGAGCCAACAAGAGAGCUCGUGAGGACUGA